UGCAGCUGAUGGUGUGCGCGUGUGUGCAGAGUCGGUGAGUGGUGAGAAAGCGGUCGUAUUGAGAGGAUCAACCGGAGCAGAUACUAGAGACCGCAUUCUCUUUUUCACCAGCACAGUGAGUAGAGGUGUGUGAUUGCAAGAGGUGUCUUGCGCCGCCAUCGGCCAUUGUCUCAUCGGACAUGGAAGCCUAUCAAAAUGGCAGAAGUCAUGCAGAUGUUUCUAUUUCUAUACAAAUCUAAAUAUCGUCGAAAAAAUAUAUCAAGAUAUGAUAAUAGUAAUAAACUGGUGUCUGGUAUACCGUGUAUGUUUUUAUGGAUAGUUUUAUUGUGGGUCGCAGUGCUAUGGAGUACAGCGACAGCAUCAUCGUCUUCUUCUUCAUCCUCAUCGUCAUCAGAAUCGACAUGCGAUUCAAACAAUUGUGUCAACGGUAAUUGUGUCAAUGGUACCUGUGUAUGUCAUGAUGGCUGGCAGGGAUCCGCAUGUCAGUACUGCAGUGGAAAAAUCAGACUGACAGCACCAUCAGGAAGUAUCCAUGAUGGAGCAGGGAAUUACACGACAGAUGUUAAGUGCUCGUGGUUGAUAGAGAGCAGCAAAAAUUCAUCAAUUCGGAUGCAUAUUGAAGAAUUUGCAACAGAAUGUGGAUGGGAUCAUUUGUAUAUAUAUGAUGGUGAUAGUGUUGAGGCACCGCUACUUGGCGUAUUUACCGGAUUGAUGCACAAGGAUGGCUACCACAUCCGGCGAGUUCCGGAAGUAAUAGCACGAUCUGGCAGCGUCUUCCUACAUUUUUACUCAGACGUAGCUUAUAAUAUGAGCGGAUUUAAUAUUACGUAUAAAACAAAUGCUUGUCCUAGCAGGUAUUCGUAUAUAGAUUGUUCUGGACACGGUGUUUGUAUUGAAGGAGUUUGUACUUGUGAUGCAACGUGGACUGGCGAGGCCUGUGAUUCCCCAGUUUGUCCUAAAAAUUGUUCUCAGCAUCAUAAUCAAGGUGAAUGUGACCGUGAGAGACAUCAAUGUAUUUGUAUGCCAGGAUUUAAAGGUUCAGACUGUAGCCAAAGAGUGGAACGUGGUUACUGGGAAACGAUAUCAUACAAUGAUUUUUCACCUGAAGGCUCAGCAAGUCACUGCUCAGUGGUCUGGCGUGACUCAUUGUACGUCGUCGGCGGUGAAAGCUUUUAUAAAUCCAAGAUGAUAUACGUUUAUGAUUUAAAUGGCAAUGUUUGGGAGACACCACACAUUGAAGGUAUACGUCCAUUACCAAGAUACGCGCACUCAUGUGUGUUAUUUGGUGAUAAAAUUUAUAUGUAUGGUGGUGUUAUUGAAAACUCAACUGUAACAAACGAACUCUGGGCAUUCGAUGUAUCCGCAAAGGUAUGGGAAAAUGUUAAAGUGAGGCAUAAUUGCAAUAACAAAACAAUGUGCGGGCCAUUGAAAGUUGCUGGUCAUACUGCUAAUCUUAUUCACAGUUAUGAUAAGAGCGAAAAAAUGGUCGUCAUAUUUGGUCAUUCACCGCAAUACGGUUAUUUAAACAUUGUUCAAGAAUAUUAUUUUGGUACGCGGGAAUGGAAAAUAGUAGAGACAAUGGGAUUUCCUGUGAAAGGUGGAUAUGGGCAUAGCGCAGCUUAUGAUCCACUUACAAAUCUCAUUUAUGUUUACGGAGGAUAUGUGUCGGAAUCACAGAGUACACAGAGUUUGACUAAUCGAAUAUAUUCAUAUCAUCCAAAUUAUCGUGUGUGGCGUCUUCUUACAUCAGCACCAUCCGCGCGUUUUUUCCAUACAGGAGUUUUUAUAAACGGCGGAUUGAUGCUUGUAUUUGGUGGCAAUACUCACAAUGAUACGAUACACUCACACGGAGCUUUAUGUUAUUCUGCUGAUACAAUAGCUUAUGAUGUUACGUGCGACGCAUGGCAUCACUUCCCAAUGCCACCAGAAAUGUCUAAUCUACCGAGAUACGGACACACUGCUACUGUAUUUGAAAAAUCAAUGUACAUAUACGGCGGUUUUGAUGGUCAAAUGCUGUCAGAUAUGUUGAAAUAUACACCCGGAAGUUGUGUACACUUGUCGCCUCAGACACAGAGUUCGUGUCUUAUCUCAAGGACUGGUACUAAAUGUAUUUGGGAUAAACAGAGAAGUGAAUGCUUGCAGAUAACCGAUGUAUCACGUGAUAUAUUAAGGAAUGAUGACAUUCAUGAUGGCAGAUACAUGCAGUGUAUUGAUGAUACUCAGCCACGAGGAAUGACAUCACACAAAGAAUUGUGUAAAUUAUUGACAGAUUGCACAGCAUGCGUACAGACUUCGUAUAAUUGCGUAUGGUGUGGAAAAAGUUGCGUUUACGAAAUGUGCAGGCGUACUGCAAAUGCACCGCCACUUGCAGGUAUAACAACUUUAGAGGAGUGUGAUGCUCACACUGGGGUCGAAUGUUUGCAGUUACACACGUGUCAUGCAUGCUCCAAUAAUCUUAAUUGUAUUUGGUCAUGGUCGAAUGGUCCAGAUCGUUGUAAACCAAUAACUAAAAUACGUGAUAUAAAUAUAAUGAAUGGAACAAUACAGGCACAGGCACAACGUUUGUCGUUGGAUACUUGUAGAAGUCCUUGUGUUGAGUAUACUUCCUGUAGGAAUUGUACUGAGUCAGAUUGUAUUUGGUGUCAAAAUGAGCACAAGUGUGUUGAUAAAAAUGCUUACCCGGCAAGUUUCCCCUACGGGCAAUGUCGAGAAUGGACAACGAGUGACACGAGAUGCAGAGCUACUGAGACAGGACGUGAGUGGUGCAGCUUUUAUUCAUCGUGUUUGAGUUGCCGAUCUGAUCCUGGCUGCGGAUGGUGCGAUGAUGGAUCGAAUACGGGCAAAGGCAAGUGCAUAGCUGGUGGCGCACGUGGUCCCAAAACGUCAAAUACUGAUGACACUUGUCCGUUUGACCGGUGGUUCUUUACCAAGUGCCCAACUUGUCAGUGCAAUGGUCACAGUACAUGCUAUCCAAAUACUACAGAGUGUAUUAAGCCCUGUGGGAAUCUAACUCGAGGAGCACAUUGUGAUAAAUGUAUGACUGGUUACUACGGAAGUCCGCUCAAUGGCGCAACUUGCCAGCCUUGUUCCUGUAAUGAUCAAGGCACUGAAUGCACUAGUGAAACUGGUAAAUGUUUUUGUACAACUAAAGGUAUUGUUGGUGAUCACUGCGAGCGAUGUGAUGUUUCUAGUCUCUAUAAUGGAGAUCCAACUAAGGGAUCAUGUUUUUAUGACCUGGUCAUAGACUAUCAAUUUACAUUUAAUUUGAGCAAAAAAGAAGACCGGCAUUACCGAGCAAUAAAUUUUAAAAAUUCACCAUCGAAACCCGAUGUAGAUGCUGAAUUUUCCAUCACUUGUUCGGUACUUGCUAAGAUGAAUAUAACAAUAAAAAAGGGCAAUAGUCCAGAAAAACCAUUACUUCUUGGUGCCAAUUGUACGACAUACAAACAUCGUUUUAGUAAGGCUGAUUACAAUUUUGGAAAUGAAGAUAAUAAUACACAGACAACAUUUUACGUUUAUGUCUACGAUUUCCAACCCCCAUUAUGGAUUCAAAUAUCAUUUUCCCAAUAUUCAAAACUAAACCUGCAGCAAUUUUUCAUCACAUUUUCUACAGAUUACAUGACACCGCACAGGUGCUUCCUUGCUUUGCUGUUGGUGGCUGCCGUUCUAUGGAAAAUAAAACAAAAAUACGACAUGUACCGGAGACGUCAACGAUUACUCGUAGAGAUGGAGCAGAUGGCCAGCCGAGCUUUCAGUCAAGUUCUUGUGGAAAUCGAAAGGCGAGAUGUGCUGUCAGAUACCGAACGUAAUGACUUGGAUGCAUGCAAUGGUCAAAAGAAAAAAAAAGAUGCACCCAGUCCGAUAGCUUUAGAACCGUGCAAUGGUAACAGAGCAGCAGUUUUGUCAUUGCUAGUCCGACUACCAACCGGUGGUGAAGCAUACACGCCAUCAGGCCAAAGUGCUGGAUUAGCAGUAGCAUCAGCUCUAGUCACAUUGGGUAGUCCACGAAGGCCUUCACAAGAAUUAUCAACAAAAGAGCCCAAAAAAACACGUAAAUCUGCCAGUCAACAUCCCGAUUCAACUUGUAUUUAACAUUUAAUCCACAUUACACAGGUAAUACAUAAAUAUUUUUAAUUCACCAUCUGUGCAUUCACAUUCACAGGGAUCAUCUUUAAUAUUUUUUGUUACUAAGGUUCAUUGAAUUUAAUAUUCGACCGGACACUCCUUUUUAAUAUUAUUAUUUUUUAUAUUUUUUAUUUAAUUAUUUUAUUAUUCAAAUAGAUAUUAUUAUUACGACUAAAGAACUUCCGAGCUUGUUCAAUCGAUGACAAUUUAUUUUUAUUUUAUUAUAAUUACAAAUUCAUUUUUUUAUUAUUUUUUACUCUCUGACUGCCUUAAUGUCUUCUCUGCCGUUAUUAUUAUUUUUAACUAACGUAAUUUUAAUUAAAUUAAGAAAUUUCGUUUGUAGAUUAUUUCCCACACUUCCAUCUUUAUGUUAACUUAACUAAAAUUAACUAUUGUUUUUGUAUGUUUUUAAAAAUGAAAUUAUACCAGUGUCAAAGAUCAAAUUGUAUAGUAUCUCUAAUAAUGACACUAGUGUUUUAGUUAUUAAUGAAUUAAAUUGUUAAUGAUAAUCAAAAAUGAACAAACACGAAUAAAAGAACAAGCCAAGUGUACAGUAGCAAAUUAAAUUGUUAAAUAAUUUAAUGUUUUAUUGAACAUUUAUGUACUUGGUUUUAUUUUAUUAUAUUAUUUUAAUUUAAUUUCAACAGUUUAACUUUAAGAUAAUACCCGUAAUCAACUGAUCUUAUAAUUGUUUUUUUUUUUUUUUUAUAAAUGAAUAUAUAUAAAUAUAAAUAUAAAUAAAUAUAUAGUAUGAAUGAUAAGAGCAGAUGCAAGGAUUGUGUGAAAGUAAAUUUAAACGAGUGUGAAUGUUGCAGACAUUAGACAAAUUUAAAAUUAUAAGUAAUAAAAAAAAAAAAUAUUUUUAAAAAAUGCACUUAUUAAUUUCAAAAUUUUUUAAAUGUGCAUUUUUUUAUUAACUUUAUUUUUUCAAUUAUUUACCCUAUUAAUUCAUAAUUUUAAAUUUGAAGUCUGCUACAUUCACAUUCGAAAAUUUAAAUAUCUAAAUGUUUAAUGUCCAAUCCGUAAAUUUAUAUAAAUAAUAAAUUAAUUUUUUAGUUGUCGUAAUGUAUAUUAAUGAAUGAUUGUCAUUAUCAUUAAUACUUAUAAAUAGGAAUAUAUAUGACAAAAAUAAGAAAAAAAAAAUGUUUAGAUU